AUGCGCAAACGACAAGAGGUGGUCGACUCUCGCCUGGACGCCGCCGCCCACGAGAAUCCGGACAAUGUUGCAAUCCAUGCAGCAUUAAAGGAUUUCGCCGAGCUGUCUUCGCUCAAUCCUGAGAAAGGAUGUAGACAAUGGCCUGAAGGCACAUACUUCAGCGCUGACGAAGGCAGCGAACCGCCAGAGGCGGAAGGAGAGGGUGUUUGGGAGUCAGGCACAAGGUAA